UGGGAGCCAAGGAGGAGAAACCAGCAAGGAAAGAUUAAAAUCUCUGAUUUUAUUUCUCCGCGACGACCCAGCGCUAUCCAGGUAAGAUGAUGACAAGGAUCUACGCCUUCAUUGGACUUUUACUUCUUAUUCUGAUCCAGAGCAGCCUGCAGAUUCCCAUACAAGAAAACAUGGAAGAAAAUUCCAGCCUUAUGUCUGAGGACGCACUAUUUAAUGACCCCAGAGAAGUAAACAACAUGAAGAGACAUUCAGAAGGCACAUUCUCAAACGAUUACAGUAAAUACCUGGAGACCAGGAGAGCACAAGACUUCGUUCAGUGGUUAAUGAACUCCAAGAGAAGCGGAGUCCCCACACGACGACACGCAGACGGCACAUUCACCAGUGACGUCAGCUCUUACCUGCAGGACCAGGCGGCAAAAGAGUUUGUGUCCUGGCUGAAAACAGGGAGAGGACGACGCGAGUGAGGAUUCACAAGAUUAAAACUAGCCUGCAUAACUGUGAUAUUCGACGCUGUUUUAUAAUGACUAGUGCUGUCGGUUUCAUUGAAUCAUGCAAAUAAAUCUUUCUUCAAGAAUGGCA